AUCUGUUUACGAGGUUCCGGGAGGGGAGUUAUGUUGUAAAUGAUUUCAUUUUGCAAGGAGGUAUGAGGGAAGUUGUGGGUUGGAUAAGAGGCUAUGGUUACCAGUCUACAAGGGAUUUGAGAGACCUUGUGGGUUGGAUACUAGGAUAUUGUAACCAGUCUACAGGGGGGGGUAGGAGAGAAGUUAAAGGUUGGAUAUGAGACCAUAGUAACCAGUCUACAAGGGGUGGGAGGAGAGUUGUGGGUUGGAUACACAACUAUGGUGACCAGUCUUCAGGGGUUGGGAGAGGAGUUAUAGGUUGGAUAUGAGGCCAUGGCAACCAGUCUACAGGGGUUGGGGUGGGAGUUAUAGGUUGGAUACAAGGCCAUGGCAACCAGUCUACAGGGGUUGGGAGAGGAGUUAUAGGUUGGAUACGAGGCCAUGGCAACCAGUCUACAUGGGUUGGGAGAGAAGUUAUAGGUUGGAUACGAGGCCAUGGCAACCAGUCUACAGGGGUUGGGGUGGGAGUUAUAGGUUGGAUACAAGGCCAUGGCAACCAGUCUACAGGGGUUGGGAGAGGAGUUAUAGGUUGGAUAUGAGGCCAUGGCAACCAGUCUACAGGGUUUGGGAGAGGAGUUAUAGGUUGGAUACGAGGCCAUGGCAACCAGUCUACAGGGGUUGGGAGAGGAGUUAUAGGUUGGAUACGAGGCCAUGGCAACCAGUCUACAGGGGUUGGGAGAGGAGUUAUAGGUUGGAUACGAGGCCAUGGCAACCAGUCUACAGGGGUUGGGAGAGGAGUUAUAGGUUGGAUACGAGGCCAUGGCAACCAGUCUACAGGGGUUGGGAGAGGAGUUAUAGGUUGGAUACGAGGCCAUGGCAACCAGUCUACAGGGGUUGGGGGAGGAGUUAUAGGUUGGAUACGAGGCCAUGGCAACCAGUCUACAGGGGUUGGGGGAGGAGUUAUAGGUUGGAUACGAGGCCAUGGCAACCAGUCUACAGGGGUUGGGAGAGGAGUUAUAGGUUGGAUACGAGGCCAUGGCAACCAGUCUACAGGGGUUGGGAGAGGAGUUAUAGGUUGGAUACGAGGCCAUGGCAACCAGUCUACAGGGGUUGGGAGAGGAGUUAUAGGUUGGAUACGAGGCCAUGGCAACCAGUCUACAGGGGUUGGGAGAGGAGUUAUAGGUUGGAUACGAGGCCAUGGCAACCAGUCUACAGGGGUUGGGAGAGGAGUUAUAGGUUGGAUAUUAGGCUAUUAUCAUUAGUCUACAGGGUGGUAGGAGGGGAAAGCUUGGAUACUCGGAAAUAUUUCAGGAAGCCCCAGUGAGUAAAGGUGGAAUGGGAGUGGUUUGGUGGUCUACAUGUACAUGUUUGUGAUUUAAUAUGUGUUCCUUUUACUUAUUUAAUGGUAGUGAGUUUAUGUUUAUUUUUGGAGUGAAAGGUAGUGUUGAAGUAGCAAAGUGAUUUUAUUCCUUAUGGCCCUUUUUCUAUUUUGUGGCCUAUAAAUCUUCAUUAAAAUUAUUUCAAAGCAUGGAUAGCUUUUAGUCUAACUCACAUUUUAUGCAUUUUGGUAAUGGGCUAGAGCAUGGCAAAAUGUGCACAAUGUCACCUUAGUGCAAUAACUAUAUAACUUAAUAGAAAAAUAGAAGCAGAUAGUGAGUUAUUACAUUAAGGUGAAGACAUGUUUAUUAAUAUUUAUGCAUGACUCUUGUAUUUCGGUAAUUUGGUACAUU